GACCUGCUGCGCGUGAGAGUGUCUGUCACUCAGCAACAACAGUUUAAAACUCUCGGAGUGUGUCUCGCGCGCUAGCCGUGUGGUUGCUAGCUCGGUGUUCGACUCUCCGCCGUUAUGAGUGUGGACAAAGCCGAGCUGUGUGACUCUUUACUCAGCUGGCUGAAGACAUUUCAGGUGCCGUCAUGUUCGAGUAAACACGACCUCACCAGCGGAGUGGCUGUCGCUCACGUGCUGCACAAAAUAGACCCCUCCUGGUUUAAUGAGACAUGGCUGGGGAGGAUAAAGGACGAGACCGGAGACAACUGGAGGAUAAAGGUCAGCAACCUAAAGAAGAUCCUCCAGAGCAUGCUGGAAUAUUACCACGAUGUGCUGGGGCAGCAGGUAUCAGACGAGCAUGUUCCAGAUGUUUCUCUCAUUGCGGAGAUGGGGGACGUGACGGAGCUGGGCCGGCUGGUGCAGUUGGUGCUCGGCUGCGCGGUCAGCUGCGAGAAGAAGCAAGAACACAUUCAGCAGAUCAUGACCCUUGAGGAGUCGGUCCAGCAUGUCGUCAUGACCGCCAUACAGGAGCUGCUUACCAAAGACCCUGUGGAGUCCGGAAGCCCAGACACAUACGGAGACUUUGAUUAUCAGUCGAGGAAGUAUUAUUUCCUGAGCGAGGAGCUGGAUGAGAAGGACGAUGCGUCUCAGCGCAGCAGAGAGCUCGAGCAGCAGCUGUCUGUGCUGAUGGAGGAAAAGUCCUCACUGCAGACCGAGGUCCAGAUGUUAAAGGAGAGACUGAGUCGCUGUGAGACUCAGGACGCCUCGACCACCAUCACAGGAAAGAAGCUUCUGUUGCUUCAGAGCCAGAUCGAGCAACUGCAGGAGGAAAACUACAGACUAGAGACCAGCCGUGAUGACCUGCGUGUGCGUAAUGAAGUGUUGGAUAGAGAAUUAGCUGAUAUGCAGCAUCGCAAUGAGGAGCUGACGAGCCUCGCCCAGGAGGCUCAGACUCUCAAAGAUGAGAUGGACAUCCUUCGGCACUCAUCGGACCGCGUGAGCCGCCUGGAGGCGCUGGUCGAGACGUACAAGCGUAAGCUGGAGGAUUUGGGAGACCUGCGCAGACAGGUGCGUCUGCUGGAGGAAAAAAACACAGUGUACAUGCAGCGUACCUGUGAGCUGGAGGAGGAGCUACGACGGGCUAACGCAGGACGCACACAACUGGACUCCUACAAGAGACAGGUGCAUGAGCUUCACACCAAACACUCAUCAGAGGCUGUGAAGGCAGAGCGAUGGCAGUUUGAGUACAGAAACCUUCACGACAAAUAUGAGGCUCUGCUGAAAGAGAAAGAGAGGUUGAUGUCAGAGCGGGACACACUGAGAGAGACGAACGAGGAGCUUCGCUGUGUUCAAGUCCAGCAAAAGUGCCUCAGUCAGGCAGGUCCUCUGGGUUCUGACGGCGAAACAGUGGGCAACCUGGCAUCUGAGAUCAUGCCUACAGAGUUCAGGGAGACGGUGUUACGGCUUCAGGACGAGAAUAAGAUGCUGUGUGUCCAGGAGGAGACGUACAGGCAGAGGCUGGGUGAGGUGCAGGUUCACCUCGAGGAGGCUCAGCGCAGCAGGAACACACUUGAGACCCAGAACAGGUUGAGUCAGCAGCAGAUAGCCGAGCUGCGUUCUCAGGUCGAAGACCUACAGAAAGCUCUACAGGAGCAGGACAGCAAAUCUGAGGAUGCCAUCUCGUCUCUGCUGAAGAAGAAGCUGGAAGAGCAUCUAGAAAAGCUGCAUGAAGCUCAUUCCGAUCUGCAGAAGAAACGAGAAGUGAUCGAUGACCUGGAGCCCAGCAUAGACAGCAACAUGGCCAAGAAGAUCGAUGAACUGCAGACGAUUCUGAGAAAGAAGGAUGAGGACAUGAGACAGAUGGAGGAGAGAUACAAGCGUUACAUGGAGAAAGCUCGGACAGUGAUAAAGACUCUGGACCCGAAGCAGAAGCCCGGCUCUGUGGCUCCUGAGGUUCAGGCUCUGAGGAACCAGCUCUCUGAGAGAGACCGGAGAAUCCAGAAUCUGGAGCAUGACUUUGAGAAGAGCCGAUCCAGACAUGAUCAGGAGGAGAAGCUGAUCAUCAGCGCCUGGUACAACAUGGGAAUGGCUCUCCAUCAGAAGGUGGCGAAUGAGCGCACCAGUGUUCCUGGUCAGGCUCAGUCCUUCCUCGCCCAGCAGAGGCAGUUCACACAGGCACGGAGAGGCCUGAGCGCUCGCCUGCAGCCCAGAUAACACACACACACCACACACCACACACCACACACACACACACACACACACACACACACACUGUGAGAGAGU